UAAUUUGCAAUUUCCACUAUCUAAACCAUAAUCUAAUCAUCAACAAACCCAUAUGUAAGCAAUCCCUCCAUCGCCAUGGCUGCUGCUACCACUAGCUUUGGAACUGCCUGGUGUCUUAGAAGAGCAACUCACGCUUUCGCACUCUCUCAUCUCCGCACCAAUGCCAACCUCUCUUUUCAAAGCACCCUUACCUCUCAUAUUUUCCCCCUUUCCAAUUCUUCAGAUUCGAGUGCAAGCAAUGCAGUACAAGCUUCAAAAAGAGAAGUUGAUGUACUGCUCAAGGGAGUUGGGGAGAAAAGUGUUGCAAAUGAAGUGAAGCAUGUUCUUGAGAUGGCUAGACGAGCAUCCUUAAAACGAGAGAUUCUCCAUACAAAUUUUCUAACCCCUCCAGUGCUGAAGGAAUCUAUGCAAGUAUUGGAAAAAUUAGCGGAUGUUAAAGCAUUGGUGCAAGGAGGUUAUCCACAAGCUGAACGAUGCCGGAUUUCUGUUGGACAUCCAGAUGAACUGACAAGUGAUCCAGAUGUUAUUUCAGCAUUGAGCAUUACAGGGAACUUCCAGUUUGAACCUUGCUCCCAUGGCGACUUCCUUGGUUCAAUUCUUGGUACAGGAAUUGCUAGGGAGAAAGUCGGAGAUAUUAUAUUGCAGGGAGAACAGGGUGCUCAGAUAAUUGUUGUACCAGAACUAGUUGAAUUUCUUAUGACAGCACUGAAUAAGGUUCGAAAUGUUCCUGUAACUUGCACCAAGAUACCAUUAAUUUCUCUUGAUUAUGAACCACCAAGAACGAAAUCGUUCAAAACUAUAGAAGCAUCACUAAGAGUUGACGCAGUAGCUAGUGCAGGAUUUAAGAUUUCACGUUCAAAGCUAGUUGACAUGAUCAGCAAUGGAGAUGUACGAAUCAACUGGAUCCCGAUUACUUCCAAAGGAACCACAAUCAAGAGUGGAGAUCUUGUAUCAGUUAGUGGAAUGGGAAGAUUAAAGAUAGGAGAAGUUAACACUACAAAGAAAGGAAAGUUUGCAGUGGAGCUCAUUCGAUAUUUGUAGAAAGUUUUGUUCAUUGCUGCACAAAAAAAGUGUAUAUACAAAAAUAUUGGUUAAUAAUUGGCAAAUAGCUUUUGAAAUUUCUAGUAUGAUAAUAUUGAACCUCGAGUAUGUUGUACAACUAAAAUGAGUUCGAGUAUGUUGUACAACUAAAAUGAGUUUGUGUGGGAAGGAGAAGGAUAGUUAGAUUCAUAUUUAAUGGACUGCUAUUCAUAAGAAACAUUUAUAAUCUAUGAAACACGGACUCUGAUACGGACAUCGGAAUACGACACGACACGGAUACUCCAACAUCGAUAAUGUCAAAAAUAUAAGACACCGACACAGCUUCAUGAACUUUAUUUAUCCAUAUAUUAUUAAGAGUUAAAAAUAUUACAAUCAAAAUUAAUUUCUUUAAUUUUUUAUUGAUUAUAUUGCUUCAAUAUAUGUUUAAAAUGUGUGUGUAAAAUUUGUCUAGAAAAGUAUAUAAGUGUGUUGGAGCAAAGAAAAAAACACUUUUGUUUGAAAUUUUUAUCACAUUUGUCUUACAUAUGUGGUAAGAGUGUCAUACGAGUGUCAAACACUC